AGCGCACGAUAACAGGAACGUGCGACUUGCCUUGGCAACUGUGCUGUUGAACGUGUCUGUGGGGAUGACUCGUAAGGACAUUGAACCGACCACUGAGCUCGUUAUCCAGUGCCUGACACUUCUCGGCGAUAUAGUGCUCACAGAGAAGGAUCCAGAGGUGCUAUUCCGAGCGCUGGUUGCUUUGGGCACCUAUACCUCACUCAGCACAUCAAUCCGUUCCAUAGUAUCGCAACUAGAGUUUGGUAAAGCGGUUGAGCUGAUCUCGCGAUCAGGCGGUGCUGAAUUCAGUAAUGUGCGGAAAUGUGCGGAUGCCGUGCUCAAAAUGCUAUAAAAAGCUUGUUACCAUUCUAUAAAUAGAUUUUCAAGGUAUAUAUGCUUUGCUGGUCUCACACUCCCACCGUCAGUCGCUGUGUUAAGAUCACCUACAUCCCUAAGAAUUCCAACGUUUGUCUUGAAUCUUCGGCUGCCGGGUAUACACUUAAAUAGUUAGUACUGAUAGGGGUGGCACUCUCUGAAGAGUUGAGUCUGCUAUGUCUCCAGAAGGAACGAUGCUCAUGGUCCUACUAGUGACCCACGCUGUACAAUAUUUACGAGUGACUACGCUCGGGAGUUGUUGCCUGUGAUGGUUUAAAUAUCCUAUUGCAAAUUGUUUCAGGCUGUGCCCCGUAAGCUUUAUCUACAAAUAGAAUGCCAACCACGUUGUACUACUGAACCAGAAUACAUUAUACAGUAUAGUAUUGUUAGGUUCAUCAUUUGAUCGUAUAUUUGGGGAAGGAACGCUACAUUCGAUACUUGAACCGUUGGUUUGAUCUCAUGGACACUCCCGCCGGUGCUCGACUAGUUAGGAUAGCUUCAUGUUACAGAUAGGAAAUAGGAACAUUAAAAUGGGAACGUAAAUAAAUAAACCAAGGCGCUCUUCUGCAACUC